CGGUGGCGGCUGCCGGGAAAGGAGCGGGAGGAACCGGCGGGAUACACCGGGAAACACCGAGAUACACCGGGAAACACCGAGAUACACCGGGAUACACCGGCACUCAUCGGGAUACACCGCAACCGGGACCGGGACCUGCCGGGAGCGGGACCGGGAUCCCCAGGGACCCACCGGGAGCUGAAUCGGGGCCCACCGGGAGCCACCGGGAGGGGACCAGGACCUACCAGGACCCACGGAAACCCACCGAAAGCAGAACCAGGACCACGGAAACCCACUGAAAGCAGAACCGGGACCGACCGGGACCCACUGGGACCCACCAGGACCCACUGAAAGCAGAACCAGGACCCACCGAGACCCACCGGGACUCACGGGGAAGAGAACCAGGACCCCCGGGACCCACCGGGAGGGGACCGGGACCCACCGGGACCUACCAGGACCCACUGAAAGCAGAACCAGGACCCCCCGGGACCCACCAGGACCCACCGAAAGCAGAACCAGGACCCCCCGGGACCGGACCGGGCCCCCCCCGCGAUGUUGUCCCCCGCCAGCCGGCGGCUCCUGGCCCUGCUGCUCCCCGAGCGCGGGCGGUGGGCGCUCGUGGGGGUGCUAAUGGCGGCCGCGGCCCUCGGUGAGGUGGCCGGCCCCUACUUCACGGGCCACGUCGCUGACCGGGUGAUGCGGGAGGAGGACGCGUGGGCGGCCGUGUGGCCCUUGGUGGCGCUGGGGCUCGGCAGCGCCCUGGCCGAGCUGGGCUGUGACGGAGCGGCGGCCGCGGCGCUGACCCGGGCUCGGGGGCGGCUCCAGCGCGGCGCGGUAGCCGCGGUUCUGCGAGGGGACGUGACCGGCCUGGGGGGCGUCCUGGGGGACACUCCGGCCGCGGUGGCAGCGCGGGUGACGGGGGAUGCGGCGGCGGCCCAUGGGGCUCUGGCCGACGAGCUGGUGCCGGCGCUGUGGGCGCUGGCCCGGGCAGGGGCUCUGCUGGCCGUGAUGGGCUCGCUGGCCCCGCUGCUGGCCCUGGGCACCCUCCUGCUGCUGCCCCUGCUCCUGCUGCUGCCGCGCCGCGUGGCCGCCACCCAGCAGGAGCUGGCGCGGGGGGCACAGGAGGCUCUGGCCGGUGCCACCGCAGUGGCCCUGGAGUCGCUGGGGGCCCUGGGGACUGUCCGGGCCUUCGGCCACGAGGCCGGAGUGACCGCCCGUGUCCGGCAGCGCCUGAGCCAUGGUCACCACCUGGAGAGCAGAGAGGCCCUGGCAUACGGGGUGGCACGUUGGGCCAGCGGGUUCCCCACACUGGUCCUGAAGCUGGGGCUGCUCCUCGGGGGGGGACACUUGGUGGCUUCAGGGACCAUGACCCCGGGGGAGCUGGUCACCAUCCUCAUGUGCCACCUGCAGUUCACCAGGGCUGUGGAGUUGCUGCUGUUGCACCUCCCGGUUCUGGCCAAGGCCGUUGGCUCCUCUGAGAUGCUCCUGGAGCUGCUGGACGAGGCCAAGGAGGUGGCAGCACUGGGGACACCAUCCCCUGUCACCCCCGGGGGCCAGAAGGGCUCUGGGACGCCGGGACUGCGUCUGGAGAACGUCUCCAUGACCUACCCCGGGCGGGCAGAGCCUAUCCUCAAGGGGGUGUCUCUGUCCGUGCGUCCCAGGGAGCUCGUGGCGGUGCUGGCGCCCCCUGGCGGCGGGAAGAGCUCCCUGGCGUUGGCCGCGCUGGGAGUGCGCCCUCUGGCGGCCGGGGCGGUGCUGCUGGACGGGGACCCCCUGGGCCCCCGCGCUGACCCCGCCCUGCGGAGACAGGUGGCCGGUGUCCCGCAAUCCCCAUCCCUCCUGUCCCGCUCCCUCCGUGCCAACAUCACGCUGGGCUGGGGACACGGGGAGGGGACGCAGGUGACACAGGUGACACGAGUGACGGCGGCGGCACGGCGGGUGGGGGUGCACGCCUGGGCCACGCGGCUGCCACAUGGCUAUGACACAGGUAAGACACGGGUGUCCCCCCGGUGUCCCCGCCACGUCCCUGUGGUGUCCCCAAGGUGUCCCCAGGGUGUCCCCGUAAUGUCCUCUCACCGUCCCCAAGGUUGUCCCUGUGACGUCCCCAAAGCCUCCUCACCACAUCCCACUCUGUCCCCUCCCCUCCCUGUUCCCUUGCUGUCCCUGUGGUGUCCUCUCACCAUCCCCGUAGUGUCCCCAGUGUGUCCCCACUGUGUCCCCAUAACGUCCCCUCAUCAUCCCUGUAGUGUCCCCUCAUCAUUCCCACACUGUCCCCACGGUGUCCCCUCCCUGCCCCCUCCCUGUCCCCAAAGGUGGGUGCAGGGUGGGUUCGGCUCCCCGGCGUGUCCCCAGCCUGUCCCCAGCAUGUCCCCAGCGUGUCCCCACGGUGUCCCCAGUGUGUCCCCUGUGUCCCCAGAGGUGGGCCCGCGGGGGAUGCAGCUCUCGGGGGGACAGGCGCAGGGGGUGGCCCUGGCCCGGGCCCUGCUCAGGACCCCCCGCCUGCUGGUGCUGGACGAGCCCACACGGGCACUCGACCCCGUGACCCGGCGCCAGGUGGGUCACAGCGCUGUCCCCGUGUCCCCUGGGUCCCCGUGUCCCCUUGGUCACUGCCCCUCACAUCCCCCGGGGGUCCCCUGGGUCACCACAUCCCCUACAUCCCUGUCCCCCCAAGUCCCCACUUCCCCUCCACGUCCCCCAUGUCCCCUGGGUCCCAAAUGCCAGUGUCCUAUGAGUCCGUGUCCCUUGGAUGCCAUGUCCCCACGUUCCCCGGGUCCCCACAUCCCCCACGGUCCCUGUGUCCCCACUCCCCAUGUCCCCCUAUCCCCUGGGUCCCCAUGUCCCCCUGUCCCCUGGGUCUCCCAUGUCCCAUGGAUCUCCGUGUCCCCCUGUCCCCUGGGUCCCCACUCCCCAGAUCCCCACCUGUGUCCCCCCAGUGUCCCCCCACCCAGGGGUCCCCUGACACCGCCAUGUCUCCCCCGACCCCGGGGUCCCCCCACUGCCCCUGAGCUCCCCCGUGUCCCCUGACCCCGCCGUGUCCCCCCCGUGUCCCCGCAGGUGGAGCAGGAGCUGCUGCGUCUCGGCGGUCCCGGGGCGGGGGAGGGGCCGGCGGUGCUGUUGGUGACAGGGC